AUGGAUGCCGCGAUUAAAGACGGUGUCGACAUAAUUUCGAUGUCAUUGGGAGGUACUAUUCAUGACUAUCGUCAGGAUGUGAUCGCCAUCGGUGCGUUUUCGGCGAUGGAGAAGGGUAUUUUCGUCAGUUGUGCGGCCGGUAACAGCGGUCCGGAGUCGGAGACGCUAAGUAACGAAGCGCCGUGGAUUCUCACGGUUGGAGCGAGCACAAUGGAUCGAAGCAUACGAGUCACUGUCAAGCUCGGCGAUGGACAAGAGGUCAAUGGUGAAUCGGUGUUCCAACCGAAGAACUUCACAUCCGAAGCGCUGCCUUUGGUUCGCCCAAAUGGGAGUGGAUCCCUUUACCAAACAAAUUGCUUAACUCCGGCAAUGAACGGCAUCGUCAACGGCAAGAUCGUCAUGUGCGAGCGACCGGAGAGUGGUCCAAGAGUCGAGAUCGGUUCGACGGUAAAAGACUCUGGCGGCGCCGGUAUGAUACUCAUCAACGCCGAGCAAGACGGGUACACGACCCUGGCCGAGGCUCACGUACUUCCGGCAUCGCACAUUAGCUACAACGACGGCCAGAAAAUUUUCGCCUAUUUCAAAUCUUCGGACAAGCCGACCGCAUCGCUCAUAUUCAAAGGAACAAUCCUCGGCAACACCUCCGCUCCCACUGUCGCCUCAUUCUCGUCCCGAGGGCCGAGUCUUGCAAGUCCUCUAGUUCUAAAGCCCGAUAUCAUCGGUCCAGGUGUCAGUGUUCUCGCCGGAUGGCCAUCCGAUGUCGAAACGUCUCACGAUCAAAGCAAUCCGACAUUCAACAUACUCUCCGGCACGUCGAUGUCGACCCCGCAUUUGAGCGGCAUCGCCGCGCUUGUCAAGGGAAUGCACCCCGAAUGGUCGCCAGCAGCGAUCAAGUCUGCGAUCAUGACGACAUCCAACAUCGCUUGCAACGAUGGUAAACCUGUCAUGAACGAGCUCCACGAGCCCGCUACCUACUACAAGAUGGGCGCUGGGCAUGUAAACCCCGAGAAAGCGUCGGAUCCGGGUCUAGUCUACGACAUAUCCGCUGAUGAUUAUGUCGGAUUCCUUUGUGGGCUCGGAUACUACGACAAAGACGUCGAGGCGGUGACCCGACGGAAGGUGAAGUGUGCCGAUGUCGCGAAAGUCAACCAGUCGCAGCUGAACUAUCCGUCGAUAACGGUGUAUCUUCUCUCCGGCGAGAAGACGGUGACUAGGACCGUGACUAAUGUGGGGGGAGGGAAGGAGAAGUAUGAAGUGAAGUUGGAUGUGCCGAAGGGAGUGGAGGUAAGCGUGGAUCCUGAGGUGUUGGAGUUUGACGAGGUAAAUGAGAAGAAGAGCUUUGUUGUGAGUUUUAAAAAGAAAGAGGAGGGGGAGGAUGAUUUCGUUGAAGGGGAGAUGAAGUGGGUUUCGGAUAAGCAUGUUGUUAGGAGCCCGAUUAUAGUUACGAAGGAUAUCUAUGAUUGA